AUGUUAACUCAAUGGCUCUAUAUCGUUGGUUGGAUAAGCUUUCUACUGUUUACUUACGCUUAUAAUUCAAUUCCAAAGGAUCAGAUAUUGAAAAUUGAAGUAGAAGCAACUUGGAAAGAAACCAACUUUUAUGUGAAUUUAUUAGAAAGUAUUUCAGGCUAUGACGAAUCAUUGUAUGUUCCGACAAUUGAAUUGCUUUUUGGUUUAUUUGAAGAUAGUGAAGAUAUCGACUUAACUGACACAUCUGAAGAGACUAUUUAUUCUAAUGUGUUGGAAAAGCUUUCAUUAAGUCCUACUCAGAGGAGUUUUAUUGAUUUCAAUAUUGUGAAUAAAGUCCAUAUACCUCGAGUAAUUUCCCAUUAUGAAUAUUACAAUAAAGAAAUAUUACCUCAAUUUAAGCAUAGAUUGGUAACUGAAUGCUCUCGUGAUUCCUUUGGAAAUAUAGUAGAAACAGACAAGCAAGGUAAUCAUCAAACGUGGCUACUCUAUAAUGAUAAAUUAUAUUGCUCUGGAAAUGACUUAUUUGCCCUUCAAACUGAUAAAACCACAGAAGCUCAAUUACUACCUUUUGAUAGAGUUAUUGGUCACAACAGAGAGGCACCUUUAUUGAUUCUAUAUGGAAACCCAAUUUCUUCACUGACAAAGCAAUUUAUUAUGCCAUUAUAUCAGGAUGCUCAAGCUGGAAAGAUCCGAUUUGUUUGGAGAUAUAUUCCCCAGUACAAGAAAGCUUUGGAUAGUCUAACUGGCUACGGAGUUGAGCUCAGACUAAAGGAUAAGGAUUACUAUAUUAAUAUGGAUAAGCUUGCAACACAGAUUAAAUAUGAUUUAAAAAAAAACUUUGCGAAAAUCAACAAUUCCAACGAAUUGAUUCUGGUUGCAAAGGAUUCCUUGAAAGACAUUGGGAUUAGAUUUUCUUCGUUCGUAUUAUCAAAUAGGGACAAGAUUCCAAAGUAUGAACUUCUAAAUACCCUCCUCGGUGAUUUCCCCAAGUUUAUUCCAUAUAUUAGCAAGCUUUCGGCGUUGACAAACUUUGAAGAUGUAAAGUCGAAAGCAAUCGAAAAUGAGAAAAAAGGACUUUCAAAAGAAUCGUAUGGAUUCUACAUCAAUGGCUCACCAAUACAUCCACUUGAAUUAGACGUGUUUAAAAUCAUAUCAAAAUUGAAAACAGAAUUGAAUACAAUUGAAGAACUUAUUAAAUUGGGGUUCAACUCCAUUCAAUCCAAAUUAUUAAUCACCAAAUUCGCCUUACUUUCAGCUGUCAAACAAUCACAAUUCAGAAGUGGAAACACCUUAAUGGGAAACAAUGAAAACCGAUUCCGGAUAUUCGAACAUUCUUUUGAUAAAUCGAAUCCUACAAAAGGUGGUGUAUUAUUUUUCAAUGAUAUUGCAAGGGAUCAAACAUAUGAAGAAUAUGAGACAGAUCCAAUUCAAGCAUAUUUAGGUGCUGGUUCAUACAAACUUAAACCAAAUCAAAUUCCUGCCUUGAAGGAGAAUAUCCACGAUUUGGUAUUCGCGGUUAAUUUUGGUAGUAAGAAUCAAUUACGAGUUUUCUUCACAUUAUCGAAGAUUAUUUUAGAUAAUGGUAUUCCACAACAAGUUGGGAUUCUUCCAUUAAUUGGUGAGGAUCCAUUGGAUAAGGAAUUGGCUGAUUCCUUUUUCUAUAUUGCUAGUAAAUCGGAUUCUAAGGAGGCUUUGGCAUUUUUGUACAAGUAUCUUGAGUCAAAAAAUCAAGAUGAAGUGGACGAAUUGGUCAGGCUUGUGAAAAGAGACUCGAGAGACAUAUUAGAAUAUGACCAUGAGUCGGUAUUGGAGCUAUUUAGUAUUUCGCAACCAUCGGUGAUUUUCAAUGGUGUUAUCAAUGAUUUAGCUUCUCCUAAUUGGCAAAUAAGUAUGGGGAAACAAAUAGCACAAGAUAUUGGAGUGAUCAAGAAUCGCUUAGGACAAGGUGGUAUCCAAGGCUCUUUGAAGGAAUUGUUAUAUUCUAAUGCAAAGCCGGAAAGAAAUUUAAGAAUAGUUCCUUUAGAACCUAGUGAGAUUUUGUAUAAAGCUAUUGACAGGGAGUUGAUUCAAAAUUCAGUUACAUUUAGGACAAUAGAUAGACUGGAAGGAGUGGGUGGUACUUUUUGGUUGGUUUCUAGAUUUAACAAGAAAGAAAUGUUUGAUCAAUUGGUUCUAUUGUUGAAGUUACUUAAAACUCAAAAUAUUCAAAUCAGAGUUAUCAAUACCGGAGGAACGUUUGAAGAACUUGAAACGCUACAAAAGAAGUUUAAGUUGAAUCUUUUGGCAAGUCUGGAUAUCGACAAUAUCAUCAACAUCAUUGAUUCAAUUAAAAUUGACAACUCAAAAGAGAUUUUGAAUCCAGAAGUCACCAAAUUGUUAGCGAAGAAGCAUCUUCCGGUACAUCAUUCAUUUAUGCUUUUCAAUUCCAGAUAUUUUAGAAUCGAUAAGAAAUUUUCUUUGGAUGAAUUAAACCAAAUUAUUGAAUAUGAAUAUUCCCAACGUUUAAAUUUAUUAAAGGACAUAGUUGAAACAUAUCCCGAUAAAUUUGAUUAUAAACUUCUUCAAGAGUUCAAUAGUCAGACUUCAGGUUUAGAUAAUCUAGAUUGGUUCGAUUUGGUAUGUUCCAUAGUCACCAAAUCUUUUCAUGUUGAUGAUAAAUUAUUUGUCGUGGAUGUUAACCGAUUUGACUUCAGUUCAGUAGAUAUGAGUAAUUCAUUUGAAGUGGAUGAAUACAACCAAAAUAAUCCAGUGGAUGUGUUAUUGAUUUUGGACCCCAUGCAGGAAUAUUCUCAAAAGGUGGUUAGUAUAGUACUGUCCAUUAGGGAUUUGGAAUUUGUUAAUAUCCGAAUCUUAUUACAACCACAGAUAAACAACGAAGAAAUUGGUAUUGGCAGGUUUUACAAGGGAUCAUAUCCUUCAUCUCAAAUAAAAUUUGAUGAUAAAGGUAGGUGGUUGCAAAGACACCCGGUCGAAUUCGACAUGUUGCCCGGUGACGAGAGCUUGGCAGUGGAAUUGGAUGUGCCAAAUAAAUGGAUAGUAAGUUCAAAGAAUGCUUCACCUGGUGUUACAAUGGACAAUAUUAAUUUUUCUACUUUAGAGAAUAGUUCCAUAGUUGCCAAAUAUGAACUAAAGAAUAUUUUGAUUGAAGGUUAUGCAAGGGAUAUUCAUACAGGAAGAACCCCUGAUGGAUUGCUGUUGGAAUUAACUAAUAGUAAUAUUAGUACCGAUACAUCUGUUAUGUCUAGUUUAAAUUAUUUCCAAAUCAAGGCAAAUCCUGGAAUAUGGAAAUUGAGUGCCAAGCCAGACCAGUAUGCUCUUUUAUCUGCUUCCGAGAAUAAACAUGAUCCAAAUGCCGAACCAAAAGAUUAUGAAGUUGUUUCAAUUUUCAGUCUCGCUGGAAGGGAUAUACAUACAAGAGUCUCUACCUUGGAUGAAAAGGAAGUAGAAAUCAAAGAAUCAAAGAAAGUGACUCGGAAACAUGCUGAUAUUAAUAUUUUCACUAUUGCUGGUGGAAAAGAGUAUGAAAAGCUUUUGAGUAUUAUGAUUGCUUCUGUUAGAAAGCAUAACACUAAGCUGGUCAGAUUUUGGAUAUUGGAUAACUAUAUUUCACCUGGUUUCAAGCAAGUCAUGCCUCUUUUGGCUGAAAAGUACAAUAUUGAAUAUGAAUUCAUUAGUUAUAAAUGGCCCAACUUUUUAAGAAAGCAAAAGGAAAUACAUCGUACAAUUUGGGGAUAUAAGAUUUUAUUUUUGGAUGUUUUAUUCCCUCAAGAUUUAGAUAAGAUUAUAUUUAUAGAUGCUGAUCAAAUUUGCCGAACAGAUUUAACUGAAUUAACUGAUAUCGAUCUUGAAGGUGCCGCUUAUGGAUUUACUCCAAUGUGUGAUUCACGAAAAGAAAUGGAUGGGUUUAGGUUUUGGAAAUCUGGAUAUUGGUCAGAGGUAUUGAAAGAUGAUUUGAAAUAUCAUAUCAGUGCAUUGUAUGUGGUUGAUUUGAAGAGAUUCCGUGAAAUACAUGCUGGAGAUCGAUUAAGAUCACAUUAUCAGAAACUUUCUUCGGAUCCUAAUUCAUUAAGUAACUUAGAUCAAGAUUUACCUAACAAUAUGCAAAGACUGAUCAAGAUCUUUAGUUUGCCACAGGAAUGGUUAUGGUGUGAAACAUGGUGUGGGGAUGAAAGUUUAAAGAAUGCUAAGAUGGUUGAUCUUUGUAAUAAUCCGUUAACUAAGGAAAACAAAUUAGAUGUGGCAAGAAGAUUAUUACCUGAAUGGAUAGAGUAUGAAAGCGAGACUCAUGAAUUAUUUGAAGAAGCAGGCAAAAGGCAACUUGAUCAAGUAGACCCUGAGUUGGAAGAGGAAGAGGAAAACGAUGCUCUGAAUAUGGGUCAGGUAGAAGACGAUGAAGAUGAAUUCUAUCAUGAUGAAUUGUAG